AUGGCCACUCUACAACAUCACCGGCAGCUUCUUAUGCAUGGCACGGAAGUGAGCUGCGACUCCAGCGGGGACGGCGCCGUGACCGUGCGGAUUACCAACAGCGCACCACGCGUACAUCAACAGGAGCCUCCGAGGGCUGCCAACAGUGGAGGAGGAGGGGCUGGAGGCAGUGGGGCUGUGAAUAAAGUGAACCCUAACACCCACAAAUGCAGCAUCUCAUCUAGCUGCAGCUCAGCAGAUUCCAGACCGGCUGUGACCUCCACUACCAGGGUUCAUAGAAAGGCACCACCACUGUUUGAACGCUCUGCUGCCCAGUGCUGGAACCCCAAGUUUGACUCUCCCAUCCUGGAGGAGGCAUGCCAAGAGAGGUGCUUUCCUCAGGCCCAGCGGCAGUUCCGUUAUGUGCUGUUCUACCUGGCAGUAGCAGCAGUGCUCUGGGGGGUGUACUUUGGGGUCAGAAGUGACUGCUGCAACCCCAUCACCUUCCUAACUCCUACAGCCUUCUUUUUGGUCUUACUAGUGCUCCUCUUUUUGUUUACUUUCACAAAGUCAUACACAUGGCUCUACAACCAAACCUCCUUGUUCCUGAUAGCGGUUACCUUCGCCAUCACAUUAGCUCCACAGAUACAAACUGCUGGUUACACUGGGCUGGAGAGGGCUGGUGGUGAGAAUGCCUCAUAUCCCUCACAGGACAACGCAGUCCAAUGUCCAGCCCCUUGUAUCUCCCCCGUGGGAACAUUUUCUUUGUGCAUGGAGGUGCUGCUGAUUUUAUACAGUGUUCUCCAUGUCCGUCUGUAUGCCUCUGUGAUGUUGGGGCUCCUGUAUUCUGUAUUAUUUGAGGCAUUAGGAUGGCUACCAUUGCUUCAAAAGAGUUCUGACACUAAUGGACAGGUGACAGGGUUGAUGGGCUCAGGUUCCAAUUGGGAAGAAGACACUCUCCGCUGGCUGGGACCUGCCAAAGCUCUACUCCAUUUGUGUGCCCAUGUCAUUGGCAUCCACCUAUUCAUCAUGUCGGAGGUGCGUUCCCGCAGCACUUUUCUCAAAGUGGGCCAGGCUAUCAUGCAUGGCAAAGACCUAGAGGUGGAGAAGGCCUUGAAGGAGCGUAUGAUCCACUCAGUCAUGCCGCGACGAGUCGCAGAUGAGCUGAUGAAGCAGGGUGAUGAUGAGGGUGGUGGUGAGAACUCUGGAAAGCGAUAUUCCUCUGGUGCCUGCUCUGCCUCAGCAGUUUCAGUGAGUGGCGGUGGGAGCAGUGGAGCUUCACAAUCCCAAAGUGUCACAAACUCCAAGAAUAACCCUCACAACAAUCACAAACGCAAAAAGACCUCAAUCCCUCGUGGGCAGAUAAUAUUUAGGCCUUUCAACAUGAAACGCAUGGAGCCUGUCAGCAUCCUUUUUGCAGACAUUGUGGGUUUCACCAAAAUGUCUGCCAAUAAGUCAGCACCAGCCUUGGUGGGCCUUCUCAAUGACCUUUUUGGACGAUUCGACCGGCUCUGUGAACUAACCUGUUGUGAGAAGAUCAGCACUCUGGGUGAUUGCUAUUACUGUGUAGCAGGCUGCCCUGAGCCCAGACCGGACCACGCCUAUUGCUGUGUAGAGAUGGGCUUAGGCAUGAUCCAGGCCAUCGAGCAGUUCUGCCAGGAGACGUGUGAGACAGUCAGCAUGCGUGUUGGAGUCCAUACAGGCACCGUCCUGUGUGGGAUUCUUGGAAUGAAACGCUUUAAAUUUGACGUAUGGUCAAAUGAUGUCAAUCUGGCAAACUUGAUGGAACAGCUGGGUGUGGCAGGAAAGGUUCACCUGUCAGAAGCCACUGCCCGAUUCCUGGAUGACCGCUAUCAGAGGGAAGAUGGACGGGUUGCAGAGCGAGCCGGGCAGAGUGUGAUGGAGAAACUGAAGGGACUGAACACCUACCUGAUAUCAGGGAGGAAGCCGGAUCAUGAUGUGCAUCGUGGCUGUUCUCAGAUGGCACUGCCAGGUGGGGAUUUUGAAGGGGUCAGCCUUUCCUCUUGUCCUCAGCCCUGCACACCGGACCUCAUCCCCGGAGGGGCGCAGGCUAGUGACCCCCUGGUGCCCCACCAGCCACCUGAUAGGACUGGGCCUCCCUGUGUGUUUCAUAGCGCGGUCCUGUCUUCGGUGGCAGAGCAGGGUGAUGAUGUGGCUGUGCUGAAUGGCUGCCAGGAAGAAUACAAGUCUAGCAGUGCCAAGUUUAUCCCAGGUCACAGCCCCAGGGCAGCCAACGGUCUACUGAGUCCCCCACUGGAGGAACCAGUGCGGGCCAGCCAGAGUUCUCUAUGUGACAUGCUCCAGGAGAAAGAAAAGAAGACCAGCACUAGCACGGGGACUGGCACCAGUCUCGGCAUGGCUGGGAGCACGGGGGCAACAGGUACAGGCAUGGAUCACUCCGCCUUGAUCCAGUUGCGUGCCAAGAACUUCAGACAGAAGAGUGACGCCCAUUUUGUUGACGUUAUCAGGGAGGACAGUCUAAUGAAGGACUACUUUUUUAAGCCACCCAUCAAUAAGAUCAGCCUUAACUUUCUUGAAAGACCUCUGGAAAAGGCCUAUCGGAGCAGCUACAAGGAAGAGGUGAGGAAUAGGGUUCGGGUGGAGACUUUUGCAAGCACCACCUUCAGCUCCUUCUUGGAUGUUCUCCUUAGCUGUUUUGUCUUCAUGGCCCUGACCCUGGCUUGCUUUCUUCCACCGCUGGUGAGCCCAUCCACCGUAGGCUCUCCAGCUGCCGCUGCCCUGGCCCUGGCUCCCCUGGCUGGUCUGUUCGAGCUGGCCUCCUUGGUGCUCUCCAUACGUAUGGCCUUCUACUUGGAGCAGGUGAUGAGCUGUACUCACUCCCUCCUCCUGGUAGUCUCUGGCUGGGUGUCUCGUCAUGUGAUCGGGGCCGUGUUGGUCUCUCUCCCUGCCAUCUCUGUCUUGUCCCACCUCACUUCCAGCAUCCAGCUGCCCCCCCAGGUGACCAUGUUCUUGUGCUGUGCCACCGUCUUGGCCAUCAUCCAGUUUUGUAACUUCUGUCAGCUGAGUUUCUGGAUGCGCUCAGUCCUGGCCACUGCUACAGGGGUUGCUUUGCUGCUGCUGCUGUUGUGCAGUCCUUUGCAUGGGGACAGCUCCAGUAAUAACAGCUUGCCAGUUCAUGGACAAAACAUCUCAACACUGAGUGACAGCGGUUCGGAAUUGGUCCCUGACCCUCCCCAGCGAAUCUUUGACCUUUUGAUCCCAGAGGCUGUCCUGGCCUUCUUCUUGCUUCUUCUCCUGGUCUGGUUUCUCAACCGCGAGUUUGAGGUCAGCUACCGUCUCCAUUAUCAUGGCAACGUAGAGGCUGACAAGCACCGCUCCAAGAUCCAGACAAUGCGAGAUCAGGCUGAGUGGUUACUGGGCAACAUCAUCCCCAUCCAUGUCGCCGACCAGCUCAAGAUAACCCAGAGCUACUCCAAGAACCACGACAGUGUGGGUGUGAUCUUUGCCAGUAUUGUGAACUUCAGCGAGUUCUAUGAAGAGAGCUAUGAAGGUGGAAAAGAGUGCUACCGUGUCCUGAACGAGCUAAUUGGAGACUUUGACGAACUCCUUCGCAAAACUGAAUUCUCAAGCGUGGAAAAAAUCAAGACAAUCGGGGCCACCUAUAUGGCUGCGUCGGGACUAAAUGUCGAGCAGAUGGCUGAGAAUGAAGCUGAUUCUCCGCAUGCUCACCUGAUGGCCCUUUUCAACUUUGCCCUUGAGAUGAUGGGAGUCCUGGAUGAUUUCAACAAGAAUAUGCUAGGCUUUGGGUUCAAGCUUCGCAUUGGAUUUAACCAUGGGCCCCUGACAGCAGGGGUCAUUGGCACCACAAAGCUAUUGUAUGACAUCUGGGGAGACACGGUCAACAUUGCCAGUCGCAUGGACUCCACCGGUGUGGAGUGUCGGGUGCAGGUGAGCGAGGAAAGCCAUGCUGUGCUUAGUGCCAUGGGUUUAGAGUUUGACUAUAGAGGUACUGUGAAUGUUAAGGGCAAAGGUCAAAUGAGGACUUUCCUGUACCCCAAAAGUGGAGAAAGUAUACACCAGGAUCAAACAGAGCAGCCUGUCAGAGUUGGACCCUCGUCCGUGGUAUUGUCUGCUAAUAAGACUUUAGAACCUGUUGACCAGCCUGUGGCACUUCCUUCCACUUCUUCCACACCUCAUUCCUCCUCUCUUUCCACACUCUCUCCUCAACCCCAGUGUGCUGUAAAGCCUCCAGGAGCAGGGACUGAGCCUGUCUCAGCUAAGCCCACAGAAGUGAGGGAGGAAGGCUAUAGGGACGCUGCACACAUGUCUGGGCAGCCCCCUGCCACAGACUUUUACACACCUGCACAUUCUGAACUAGGCCCAGAGCCCAGUGGUGCACAAGGGUCCUCCCAGGUGCAGCCAGCUCCUCUCGCGCUUCAAGAAGAGGAGGAUGAAGAAGAGGAAGCAAAUGAGUUAACUAAACUCAAUGAGGAGUUUUAUGCUCGUCUCUGAUCCCUUCUGUCUCUUUCCUCUGUCUUCUGUUCCCCUGCUGCCUCCCAAAGACUGAUUGCAGAUGUGGGCAGGAUAUCCUUUCCUUCAAGCAAGUGUCUUCGACAUGGAAGAUGGACUGGUCAUGUCAAACAAAAAUAGUGGCUACGGCGCCUAUAAGAGGCUACUUGACGUCUUCUGUGGGAGUGUUGCCUGAGUUCUGGGGUGGGUUUUACCUGUGUUGAGCACAGCAGUUUAUGAUGGAGAAAAGGCUGAAAAGGGAAAGAGGAAGUUGUUGGUGUUGUUAAUGCUUUUUUUCAUAAUAACUUUUGUUAUUAAGUGCCUUCAGGACUAGAACAGUGAACAAAAAUAUGAAUACUGAACAAGUUUUAACAAUGUUAGACUACAGAACACGCUGUGGUUUCUUACUUCAUGCUUUUAUUUUGAAUGCAAGUAUUUCUUACAGAAAUCAUUAUUGUCGUGCCAUAUCAACUGUUUUAACUUGAUCAAAGUCCUGACCUUACUUAAGGGAAAAUUAUUUUAGAUUUUAUAUAAGUGCCAAUGCAGCAUGAUAGGCUGAGCAGGAAACUUUGGGAAGAAUGAGGGAAUCACAUGAAGCAGUGUUAAUUUAUGUAUUCUGCUUUGACAUGAGGGCUUAAUACAGUAUUCAUUUGUGCUAGAGUCUCACUUUCAAGGGACGUGCUACAAAGCAGGCUGCAUAGAUUUUAGUUUGUGUAGCAACUAAAUGCACAUU